CGAUCAAUUUUCCAGAUCAGUGCGGCUCCGUUGCUCAACAGUUGAGCCUCAACUCCGGAUUUGCGAGAGACGGUAUUCAGAUUCUUUUAAAUCUACGAGAAGUGUUGAACCCUACGUAGUGGGUUCUUUUUUUGAUUUGUUGUUUGUGUAUCGGAUUCUUCCCCAUCAAUAUCUUCCGAUCAUUUUGAUCAUUAUUUUCGGUGGCGGACUUUUUCAAAAAUAAGUUUUGAUGAUGCAUGCAAUGAAUGAUCCUUCGGCAGCCCUUGCCGGGAUGCUACCCUUCGAUUCCAUCGGGUUGUACGAACAACCCAAACCGAGAUUCAUCUUCAAGAUGCCAAGGGUUGUACCCGAUCAGAAAUCCAAGUUUGAAUCUGAUGAGUUGUUUCGACGGUUGAGUCGAGAGACUGAGGUAAGAUACACCGGCUACAGGGAUCGACCUCAAGAGGAACGACAAGGAAGGUUCUUGAACGCCUGUCGAGAAGGACACACAGAAAUAGCAUUUUCGACGACAGGGACAAAUUUACAACUCGUUUUUUCGCCUCCAACCAACAGUUACAUGCCAGAGAAGGAAUGUGAUUUCGACAAAGAACCGGGAAAGGUUCAUUUAAAAUCGUCGUUUAUCAUGAAUGGGGUUUGUGUUAGAUGGCGCGGUUGGAUAGAUUUGGAACGACUUGAUGGUCUUGGAUGUUUAGAAUACAACGAAGAAAGGGCUCAAGCUGAAGACGCUCUUCUCAAAGAACAAAUUGAAAGGUACAACCAGAGGCUGCGUGAAUUCGAAGAUAAAAGAUCUUAUAGGAGUCAACAAGAAAGAGCCGAUCAAGAUUUAGAUGUGUGGUCGAAUAGAAGAAGGGUUUAUUAAGAAAAAAUGAGCUAGAAACAAAUUACUACCAAAGUGUGUCGUCGUAAAUGUGUACAUUUUUGUAUUAUAAGUGAUUUUACCGUUUAGUUCAAAAAAGUUUUAUUUUAUUUGUACAUAAUUAUUAUUUAAAUUAGAUCUUAAAGACUUGAAACGC